AUGGUCUCGCAAAGUAAGCUGUUCAAUUUGGUCACGGCCGGUUGGACCUGCCGCGACCUUUGGCAUCCACGGUUCGACAGCUGCACCCGGUAUAAUGUGCACCUCUGGCGCACCAUAAUGCCGGGCAGCUUCAAGCUGUACCUUCCGUUCCUGAUACUUCCGCCGCUGGUGAAGCUGGACGGGCUUACCUGGCGGUACCUGCGUGACCAUGCGUCCCAGUACGUCUACAUUGCCCUGUGCACCUACGUGCAGGCGGCCAUCUCGCUGUCGUCGCAGUGUGCCCUGUAUAAUUCGCUGAACCGGCUCAACUACUGGUGCAUCAUGUUUUGGCCCUGCUUGCUGGGGGUGGCCCUGGGGCCUCCGCUACCGAAGCAGCUGCUGCGACUACAGGCGAUCACCUUCUUCAACAUGGGUUUGGAGGCUUCGAUCCGCAUGAGCACUUCACCGCUGGUGCAGUACUUACGGGGCUCGAAAGCGAUCGCCACCGGGAGCUUCAUGGUGUACAGUGCGAUCAUACUGGCCAGUGCGAGCACCGGUUUUGCCAAGCAGUUCUGGUUCGUGAACCCCGCCACCGUGAGCGAGCCGGAAACGACGACCCAACUGCCCGGUGGCUGCUGCCGUCACCCGAAGCCGUGCCGGCAACACCUGCUCGAUGGUAUGCUCAAGUACGGGGCGGUUGGACUGAUCCUCGAAGCAGCCCGGGCGUUGUUGCGCAAAUCCUCGUUGCUCCUCUCCGGCGUGUCCGUUGCUGUGUUUGCGAGUGAAUUUUUCGCAGCCUUCAACCCUAAGCUGGGAAUGUUUCUAGCACUCUACGUCGGCAUCUACCGCAGCGCUUCCUGUACGCUACAAGCAUCACCGGAUGCCGAUGGUCGACGGCAUGCCUGGGCCGGACUGAUGGCCGGCGUCGCCUACUGCCUGUACCCCAGCUAUCAGAUCUACACGUUAGGGUUUACGAAAGCCAUCGAGUUUGCGUGGGACUAUUACGACUCGGUGCUGAUUACCGGUGGUGGCGGUGGCAGCGGCACUUUAACGCGCUUCCUGCGCCACAUUAACCGGCUGCCGAUGCUGUACCUGGUGCAGAUACUCUCUUUCGGCUAUCUCGGCCAUAUCUACGCCUUCUAUCCGCACGUUUCGCCGAUGUUCCACCAGAAAGCGAUGGACGUUUGUUCCGACAAUCUAACGCGCGACAUGAAGAAACGUCUCAGCCGAUGGAUAAUGGGGGUCCAGUGA